GUCGGCGGGCCGCGCGUCCGGCGCAUGUGCGGAGGGGCGGCACCCAACUGAUUCUCGGAGGCGACAGUUGACUUGUCCUUAUGUGAAGCCAGAAAACCUUGCGAAGUUCGGACCAAGCAGUAGCUUCUUCCUCGACGUGGACAUGGCACAAGAGAAAAUGGACCUAGACUCGGAGCUGCUGCCGAGUUCAGCCACAACAGACGACUCGCUGAAACGAUCCAACAGCGCCCCUUUGAUCAGUGGGCUUGGUGAUAAUUCACAGGUAUUCCAAGCUGACACGUUAACAACUAGAAGAAAUAGCACAACGCUUAUGACCCAACAAUGUCUGGUCAAUGUGAAGCCACUGAAGAAUUCUAAGUCUGGGACUGACAUGACCAGAUUUGCAUCUUUGAAAGACUACCCUGGCUGCAAAGCGUUUUUGCCACCUUCUUCCGUUCCCAUUCCUAUUCAUGCUUCCUUUGGUCGCCUUCACCAAAUCAAACAGGAAGAAGGCAUGGAUUUAGUAAAUAGAGAAGCAAUGCAUGAAUGGGAGGUACAAACUGCAAAACAGAUAAGUCAGUCUUGGGAAGAAAGUUUGAAACUGAGUGCCAGUGAUUUAGAGAAACCAUCUUCAAAGUGCAUUGGUUUAAUUCCAGUACCCCCAGCACCUUCUCCCACCAGGGGGAUUGGGAAGCAAUAUUUUUCUCCAUCGUUACAAACUUAUGUGAGUUACACCGCUUUGUCUCCAAGUCCUAGUCCCAGUCCUACGCAACAAUUUCCAAUAAGAAGAAAUCAAAGCCCCACCAACACUAUUAGACCAAGUAUCUUUGGAUCAUUAAAAAGAAAAGGUGAAAUGAUAGCUAAAGAUCCGCCUAAGAGAUUUUUCGAAGGCACGACCAACAUGCUUUCUCCCGAUACUACCCAGCAGUCUGAUGUGAAUGUUUGCCACUCUGACCCAUGUGAGGUGAUAUCGCACUAUGGUUUGGAUUUGCAUUUCCCUGAUGAUGAGUGACGUCGAGUAUCUUUUCAUGUGUCUGUUGGCCAUCUGGAUGUCUUCUUUGGAGAAGUGUCUCUUCAUGUCUUUUGCCCGUUUUUUAAUUUGAUUAUUUGUUUUUGGAGGUGUUGAGUUGGGUAAGUUCUUUAUAUAUUUUGGAUAAUAACCCCUUAUUUGAAUAUGUCAUUUGCAAAUAUCUUGUCCCAUUCAGUGGGUUUUCUUUUAGUUUUGUUGAUUGUUUCCUUUGCUGAGCAGAAGCUUUUAUUUUGAUGCAUUUCCAAUAGUUUAUUUUUUUUUAUUUCCCUUUCCUCAAGGAGACCUAUCUAGAAAGGUGUCACUAUAACCAAUGUCAGAGAAAUUACUGCUUGUGCUGUCUUCUAGGAUUUUUAUGAUUUUGUGUCUCAACAUUUAGGUCCUUAAUCCAUUUUGGGUUGAUUUUUGUGUGUGGUGUAAGACAGGGGUCCAGUUUCACUCUUUUGCAUGUAGCUGCCCAGUUUUCCCAACACCAUUUGUUGAAGAGACUCUUUUUUCCAUUGCAUAUUCUUUCCUCCUUUGUUAAAGAUUAAUUAACCAUACAAUUAUGGGUUUAUUUCUAAGUUUUCUAUUCUUUUUUUUUUUUUUUUGAUAGAGCAAACAAGGGAGACAGGGAUAGAGAAUCCCAAGCAGGCUCCACACUCAGCAUGGAGCCCAACUCGGGGCUCAGUCCCACAACCCUGGGAUCAUGGCCCAAGCUGAAAUCAAAAGUCAGAUGCUCAACCAACUGAGCCACUCAGGCACUCCUGGGUUUUCUAUUCUAUUUCAUUAAUCUGUGUGUUUAUUUUUGUGUGCCAUACUGUUUUGGUUAGUAUAGCUUUGUAACCUAACUUGAAGCCUGGAAUUGUGAUACCUCCAGUUUUUUCUUUUUCAAGAUUGCUUUGGCUAUUCGAGGUCUUUUGUGGGAGCGUUUCCCCUCAGGUCAGGACCAAGACAAGGAUGUCCACUUUCACCACUUUUAUUCAACAUAGCACUGGAAGUCCUAGCCACAGCAAACAAAAAGAAGUAAGAGGCAUGCAGAUUUGGUAAGGAAGAAGUAAAUCUUUCACUCUUUGCAGAUGACAUGAUGCUCUAUAUAGAAAACCCGAAAGACUCCACCAAAAGACUACUCAAACUGACACAUGAAUUCAAGUCACAUGAUGCAAAAUCAAUGUACAGAAAUCGGUUGCAUUUCUAUACACGAAUAAUGAAGCAGCAGAAAGAGAAAUUAAGAAAACAAACCCAUUUACAGUUGCACCAAAAAUAAUAAACUACCUAAGAAUAAACUUAACCAGAGAGGUGAAAGACCUGUGCUCUGAAAAUGAUAAAACAUUGAUGAAAGAAGAUGAAGGUGACACAAAGAAGUAGAAAGACAUUCCAGGCUCAUGGAUUGGAAGAACAAAUAUUGUUAAAAUGUCUUUCCUGCCCAAAGUGAUCUACAGAUUUAACGCGAUCCCUAUCAAAAUUCCAACAGCAUUUUUCACGGAGCUAGAACAAACAAUCCUAAAUUUUGUAUGGAGUCACGAAAGACCCUGCAUAGCCAGAGCAAUCUUGAAAUAGAAAAACAUUCUUAAAAUAACUCUUAAAGUCUUAUCUGUUUUACCUUAGGCCGGGCUUUUUGGCCGAUCAUGACUCCAUUCUUAGGGUUCAUUAUAUUUUUUAGCAAGAGGGUGAGGUUGGCCAUAAAAUAUUAUGAAAUCAUUAGAGUGCAGAGUUAAAAAAAAAAAAAACAAGAGUGGGGGAUAAAGUCAUCCAAAUACUAGGAAUUUGAUCUCAGCCAUAAAGGCAAUUAGCUUUGCGGAGCCAAUAGGUUUACUACUUUUCAGUAGGAUUACUGUUUCACAACAGCGAGUUGUGUCCAGGUCAUUUGGUUGUAAAGUGGAGAGUCAAUCAGAAUAACCCCGUGGUGCCUAUGACCAGGCCAGUUUGUGUGUCUCUUCACCUGAUCUUUCUUUGUGAGGGCAGCGUGCCCUGAACUGGAUCCCUGGGGCUUUGAGCUGAGAACUUCAUCGGGUUCCUGCUACUGGCUAAUUAAUCAGCAGAUCGACUCGUUGCAAAACCAAGUAGCCGUGCUGACCCAUUAACGCAGGUCCCUAGGGUCAUUAGGACAGCAGAAAGAGAAGGAGAUGGCCUCAUCUCCCAGGCUUACAGGGGAGAAGUUCCUGAGAUCUGAUGAGUUCUCAGACGAGCAUGAUCCAGGAAUUGUGCUUUUUCUACCUUUUCCUGUAAUAUUCCUUUUCGAAAAGCUCCUCAGAAAACAAAAUGUCCUGUGGCCUUGCCCAGCAAUACCCAGCCACUUAAGGGCCCCUUCUCCGUGGAAGCAGCUCUCCUGCACAGGUCUGAUAGGCUCAGACCACUCAGCUGGUUGGAAGGUGCAACAGCAGUCAGUCAACAGCCUACCCUUCCUGCCCAUGUGAUGUCAAACCAGUCUGGCUGAUUUUUUUUUUUUUAAUUCAUUGCCCAGCUCUGCAGGUCGAUAAUGUAUCUUCCCUUUGUGCUGGGAGACUGUGGUUGCAGUCUCGUUCCUGUGUGGGUCCACAGUCACUGUCAAGGGGGAGUACCUUUGAUCGCUGCUCCAGUGUUGUGUUUUGUUUUGUUUUGUGACCACUCUAAAAUAUUGAGCUGUCUACGUGAUGCCGUAACAGUGGCUUGGAAAGCGAAAAGGUCUUUCAGUGGAGGAAGCGAUUGCUUGCGUAAUAGCCAACCGUGUGGUUUUCUGUUGUUGUUUGCUGUUGUUGUUGCUGAGAUGGCUCGUUGUUUUGUGUUGUGUAAACACAUACUAUUAUCUUUUCUUUUUUUACUGGGUUGCCCCAAAAGUAAACUCCCUCGUGGGGAGGCUGCAUGCUCUAAGUGGUAAAAUCAAAAACUGUGAAGCCAGACAGAUCUAAAUUUCUUAGCUGUGAGCUCUUGGGAAGACUGAAUAAUCUAUCGGAGCCUCAGUUAUCUCAUCUGUAAACUGGGCAAGAUAACAUCUGCCUUGAAGUGUUGUCGGAUCGUUAGGAGGCUAUUUUAAGUGUCUGGCCUAGGUCAGGCAGUCAGUAUUUCUCAACUUUAAUGUACAUACACAUCACCUGGGGAUCUUGUUGAACUGCUGACUCUGACUCAGUAGGUUCUGGGGUGGGCGGGAGAUUCUUCAUGGCCAAUAAGCUCCCAGGUGAUGGCCAUGCUGCUAGUCAUUUGCAAAGUGGCCAGCACAGCUAGUUCCUUAAUACAGGAGCACCCCAAAAUAAUUCAAUCUCUCACUUAAAAAUUACUGAGAAGAAACCCUUUUUCCUCAAACACAAUACCAAUCUGCCUAUAGCUAUGUUCCCAUAGCCUUUGCAAAAUGGCUCUUUGAGAUUGGCCAUGGUUGGUCAUUUCUGAAGGCAGGUAAUCGGUACGUGGGAGAGGUUCAUUAUACUAUUCUCUCUGCUUCUGUACAUGUUUAACAUUUUCCAAGAAGAAAACCCCAACAGAUUUUUAGGGCAGUGACACUAUUCUGUAGGAUACUAUAAUGGUGGAUGCAGGUCAUCAUACAUUUGUCCAAACCCACAGAAUAUACACCAAGAGUGAACCCUAAUAGAAGCUAUGGACUUUGCGUGAUAAUGACCUGUCAGUGGAGGUCCACGCAUUGAAAAAAAUGCACAACUGGGGGAUAUGGAUAGUGGAGUGGCUACGCAUGUAGGGAGGGGGCAUGGGGUAUAUGGGAACUCUCGGUACUUUCAGCUCAGGUUUGCUGUGAACCCAGAACUGUUCUAAAUGAUGAAGUCUAAUCAAGAAAACACCCACAAGGGGCUCAGUUGGUUGAGCGUCCAACUUCGGCUCAGGUCAUGAUCUCGCAGUUCUUUUUUUUUUUUUUUUUUUUUAAUUUUUUUUUUUUAACGUUUAUUUAUUUUUGAGACAGAGAGAGACAGAGCAUGAACAGGGGAGGGGCAGAGACAGAGGGAGACACAGAAUCCGAAACAGGCUCCAGGCUCUGAGCGGUCAGCACAGAGCCCGACGCGGGGCUCGAAGUCAUGGACCGUGAGAUCACGACCUGAGCCGAAGUCGGACGCUUAACCGACCGAGCCACUCAGGCGCCCUGAUCUCGCGGUUCUUGAGUUCAAGCCCCGCGUCGGGCUCAUGUGCUGACCGCUCAGAGCCUGGAGCCUGCUUCGGAUUCUGUGUCUCCUCUCUCACUUCCCCUCCCCUGCUCAUGCUCUGUCUCUCUCUGUCUCUCCACAAUAAAUAAAUAUUAAAAAAAACCCCACAAACAAAAGAGACCUGUUUCCUAACAGCGUGAGAGCCGCAAGAGAUACAGGUUGCCUAGUACAGUGAUUACCUCCAACAACAUGUUCAUUAGAAGACAGAAAGCUUUCUUUCCAAUUCUGCAAAUAAAUCCAUUCAUAACCUUGCCUUCUGUGACCUAUGAUUGUACAAAAGUAAUUUCCCCAUCCACCCCAGGAUUUAGCACAUUUUUUCCCUUACUAUUAGCACAACUCACACUUCAUUUUCUCACAAUGUUUUUUGCAUUGUUUUUCUCUACCUUGGUGGACUAAAGUCUGUCCACAUCCUCAUAACAUCAUUUAUUCUUUUCACUUUAUUGAACCAGGGCUUUUCUCCACCUACCCGGAUCACAUCCGGAACUGCCCAGCUUGCGCGUUCAUUAAGUCCAUGAUUCACAAAACAAUUGCCAUGCAAAAUUGGAAAACACACAGAGUGAGCUGGACAAUCUUCAUCAUCUUCCUUGAAGUGGGCCUGGUUUUUAUUAGGUACUGAGCUGACACAGUUCAGGACAGGUGCCCCCAAAUUUUUGGACGUCUUUUGAUUCACCAAGUGAUGGGGGCAAGUCAGAAAGAAACUAAAUGAACAAAAUAAGGAAGCAGCCAGCUUGAGCUUAGUCUGUUUGCAUUUCUUUUUCCUCUUGGUUACAUAAAGUAUAAAGCCUCUCCCAACCAGUGUCCUAAUUGAUUCCUCUUUUUUCUGCCGAUGGCAGGGUCUUUGAUGUGGUAACUGGACAAGGCCUCAUCCCGAUAGUCUGUAGCUGGGUCAACUCUUUGUUAUUUUGUUUGGUAUUUAAUCCUGGAGAGUAAUGUUCUGCCCUGGUAUGUUGUUUAUCACUUCCAGAUUAUAGGUGUAGCAAAUAUUUUCCUAAUGAAAUAAUCACGAACUUGGCAUUCUCCCUCUGGGCUAACACAGCUAGGCUCUGUGGGGCUCUCCGUCUGGAUCUUCUAGUUCCAACCCACUCCCUCCAAUUUCCUUUCGGUCCAUUUUAAGUUGUCCCUUUUAAGCGUAUUCUCUCCAAAUGCCAGGGCUUUAGGUGCUACUGGAAAUGUCCCAUCUUUUUCAUAAUAACAACGUUUUGAAAUGUCAGCGCUGUUUCCGUGUUCAUGUUGAAACCCCAAAGGUGUCUUCUCGGCAGCCGCUGUGCUGUCUUUCCCCUUAAAUGUUUGCAAAUGAAAAUAUCUAGCAAAGACGCUCAUUUCCAGAAUCCCUUCUAGAAACCUGAACUUUCCAUGCCGACUUUGUGCAAGUCCUUUUGAAGUUAACUUGGGUGGAAGAAUUGUGCAGGCCUAACGAUUUCGAGGUGACAAACACCUGCCGCGACAGAUAAUUACAACUCUUGCUGUGCAUUUCCUGUUUGCCGGCUGCUUUCAGGAUGAAUCAUAUUUGUUUCACGAUGACAACUAUUUCUUUACCUUGUUCCUGAUUAAACUCUGUAAUACCUAUGGCCCCUUGGAGAGUUUGGUUCUUCGUGGUCAGUGCCUUCAAUCAUGGCAGACAGGAAAUAAUGGCACAUACAUCACGGUCUCAAAUAUCUCCCUGGAAAUUAUUUCAAAACAACUGGCCUCCUCUUGUGGCGCACUCAUCCUUGCCUUUUCUUGUGAACCCAACUCUGUAUAUGAAUCGAGCCCACCCUUUAAGUGCCAGCUCAGAUCCUUCCAACUCCUGCAGCAUUUGUGGGUGUGCCACACGCUUGAGCGCGGAACUGGGUCCAAGACUGAGGUUCAUCUUGUUCCUCCCUUCCCCCAUCCCACCACACUCCAACGCACUGUAAAUCCCGGUAGCGCAGACACACAGUGUGUGAUCACCUGCCAGUCACCCAGUUCUCGGUGAUUACAGCCUGUCCAAAUGUGACAGGUUUCGAAUGAAAGGGAAGGACUUGAGACUAAAGUUGAAUUAAUCAUAACUGCUUUAUGAUUCUGGGAAUCUACUUUGGAAACUCAUUGGUUGGAGGGGGGGGCGUCCUUUUACAAAACUGGGAAAGGACACACUGAAGAGAGGAGGAAAGCUGCCUACGAAAGACAUUGGUUACAGAUUUAGUCUUCAAAAAUAACCCCCUUCCAAGAUGAUAAAGGAAUAAAUUCCCCCACAUGGUGAUCUAGCACCUUUAUGGUUUCACCUUUUUUUUUUUUUUUUUUUACAAAUUUUUGAUCCAUUUGGUUUAUCUUGAUAGAAUGCGUCAUUCCGACUUCAGUUUUUCUCUAGAUAGCUAUCCAGUUGUUUUCAUGCCAUUUAUUGACCAGUGUAUUAUUUUUCUGUUUGGGGAUGACACUUCUGGCAUAUACUAAAUUCCUAGAUGUAUUUGGGUCUAUUUCUGUACUUCCAACUCUUUUCGAUUGCUCUCUUCAUGGCCCAGUGCCACAGCUAGAAUUAUGGGGGUUAUAUAAAUGUUUUAAUUCCUGGUGGAAUUUCUCCCAUUAAUCUUCUUUCAGAAGUUUUCCUAGCUGUGCCUACUUCUCCAUAUGAAUCUAGAAUCAACUUGUCUGGGUAAAAAAGAGAUACCAAAACCUCUUGGUAUUCUUAUUGGAACCACGUUAAAUUUAUAUAACUUACAAACAAGGGAAAUUUUCAUGUCAACACUGUAUGUCCAAGAACAAAAAGAUGUCUACUUGUUCUAGUUUUGGUUUUACCAGGAGUGUCUUUUAGUUUGCCUUAUAAAAGAUUACGGACUUUAAACCUAGGGUUUUUUAAGUUUGUUACUCUAAAUGGAUUAUUCUCAUUAGGUCUUCAAACUGGUGUUUGUGUGUGUAUCCAUGAUUUGGCACUUUGGAAUGGUCUGGGGUUUUCUACAAUUCAAAAUCCAGAAGCCAUAAAAGAUUCAUAAAUUCAACUACCCUAGGAUAAGGUUUACAUGGUAAAAAUACCAUAAGUGAAUUAUGCUGUAAGCCACACAAGAAAUGUAUUUGGACAAAGAAACGGUGGAAGCAUAUUUAAACAACAGUGGUCACUUGAAAGGAGCUGAGGGGACAAGGAAUGGGAUGGACAGGGAUGGCGAGUAGUGAUUUUUUACUGUACACCUUUGAGUAAUCUCUAUACUCAAGGUGGGGCUUGAACUCCCAACCCCCAGAUCAAGAGUCACAUGCUCCACUGACUGAACCAGCCAGACGCCCCUGUAUACCUUUUUAUAGUUGAUUUUUGAAGCAUGUGACUCUUACCUAUUAAAAAAAUCUAAACAAAUGAAUUCCCUUGGCAAAUUAAGAAACUUAAUACAUUUUAGCUCACAUAUCUCACUCCUUAUUUUUCCUAUUUAACUCGCAGGAAUAGGAGACAGCUUUAAGAAACAGGAGACUAAAACUGAGUUCCUCAGAGGUAACUCAAAUAAAAUGUGGAAGUCAACGUGAAACUCAGGAGGUCUCCAUUUUCUUUUAUUUUUUCAAAGUAAUUUUUGUCCUUUACAACGGGUUAUCUCACACGCACAUGUGUGCGCUUGCACACAGACGCACGCAUGCGCGGAUGCACACACGUGCACACACACACACACAGAGGACUUGAAAGGGACAGAGAAACAAGGAUAGCCUCCAAACAUAUUUUUUUUUUACAAAGUUCAAAAUAGAUUACAUUUAUGUGCUUUUCAGUCAUUACACAAUGUACAGACAUGAUCCAUUUAAUGAUUUAUCUUCCCCAAAUGGUUAAACAGUGAAGAUUUUCUCUGAAAGAGUAUAUGUAGCUUUUACUUUAGAAGCAAAGUACUAUUUCCUGCAAAAACCAACCUCAGGCAUACAUUUUGUGUUUAUGUAAAUUCCUUGAGAAUACUACAGUAGCAGGUGCAGAAGUUUGUUCUGUAAAAAGAUCUGAAAGAUGAUUUUCAAGAGACUCAAGGCAUUGUGCUCUCAGAUAAAAAUCCUAAGUCAAGGGGCGCCUGGGUGGCUCAGUUGGUUAAGUGUCCGACUCUUGCUUUCGGCUCAGGUCAUGAUCUCACAGUUCGUGGGUUCGAGCCCCGCGUUGGGCUCUGCGCUGACAGCACGGAGCCUGCUCCGGAUUCUCUUUCUCCCUCUCUGCCCCUCCCCUGCUCGCGUGCACACUCUCUCUCGCAAUAAAUAAAUAAACUUAAAAAAAAAA